AUGGGGGUCUGCUGGUGCAAAGAUGGAACUCCAGGUGAGAUAGAGGUAUAUGCACCUUCAGGAUCGUCACAAUGGCCACAAAUUAUCUCACCAGAAGAACCCCGUAUAAAAAUUCAUAAAGUUGUAGACACAGUAGUUGUGGAUCAGCUAGUAUUAGAGAUAUUGGGUCUUAUAGCAUCCUUUGUUGAUAAUGAUGAGGAAUCACCUGUGUCCUUAGUGAAAUUACACGUCAUAGCGGACAAAGAAGAUGGAUGGAUCCAAGUGGUUUCGUCUAUGGUUAAUGUAAUACCAUUAGAAGAUCCUUUUGGUCCAUCUGCUAUAACAAUCCUUCUUGAUGACUGCCCUCUACCAUCAAAGGAUUCAGUAAUUAAGGUAACCAAACUGUUCCGGUUGUCAUCACAACGAGCCAAGGCGCGGGAAAUCAACGUGCGUGUGGAACGCAACAUCUGCGUGGUACUGGGCUGCAUCGCGGAGAAGCUGGCUGGACCCAAUAGCGUCGCCGUCUUCACAGAUCGAACGCUAGAUUACUUGAUUACGUUCCUUAUAACACGCCGGGAACCUUGCAUAGUACUGUUCGCAUUAAUCGCUUUGGAGAAGUUCGCACAUACCACAGAAAAUAAGCUGACAAUUAAGCAACGUCUGGAGAAGGAGGCUGAGCACCCACUGCUAGUUUUGGAGCGCUAUGCGGACAGCGAGGACUACAUGUGGCGACAGGUCGGCUUCUGCGCGAAGUGGGCACUCGAUAAUGUUUUUAUUAUCGAAGGCCGAAAACUAUCUUACGAAUUGGUUGACAUGUCCGGCAUUAACGUUAUCCUGAACUCCCAAGACGUUAGCGAGUACCUAAAGAUAUCGUGUAAUGGCCUAGAAGCACGUUGUGAUUCGUAUUCCUUCGAGAGUGUUCGAUGCACAUUCCAAGUGGACCGCGGAUGCUGGUAUUAUGAGGCGAUCAUUAUCACGCCCGGUGUAAUGCAGAUCGGAUGGGCGACGAAGAACAGCCACUUUUUGAAUCAUGAGGGCUACGGCAUUGGAGAUGACCUGUUCUCUCUGUCGUAUGACGGAUGCCGUAGGCUUAUGUGGUACAAAGCCAAGCCAACGCCUAUGAAUGAUAUACCCGCAUGGCAGCCGGGAGACGUGCUUGGCUGUCUCAUCGACAUCCCUAAAAGGGAGGUCGUAUUCUCCCUUAACGGCCUGGAGCUGCGGCCCUGUAACGAAAUAUUUGAUACAACACGCUAUGGUUUCUUUGCGGCGGCCAGCUUCAUGGCAUUCCAGCAAUGUCGGUUCAACUUCGGACACGAACCUUUCAAGUAUCCACCGACGGACCGACCUUUCUCCACCUUCAACGAGCACGGACAGCUCACGGACGAGCAGAAAAAGGUUGUUCCAAGGAGGAUAUACUUAGAACAAUUGAGGUGUUCCAGCGUGAAGGAAGAUUCUUGCACGCUUUGCUUUGACGACACAGCUUGCUGUAUCCUGGAACCAUGUGGACACCGAGGCUUCUGCUCGGUGUGCACUUCUCAGCUAAAGGAAUGUCCAAUGUGCAGAGCGGAGAUAUUGAAUAUACGUAGAGAGGACACAUGA